AUGGAGUACUUAGACAAUAAUUUUCUGACUUUAGAUUUGAGCAAAGAUUGGAGCAUUGCUACUCCAUACUUUCAAGGCCUUCCACAACCAGAUGGCCCGCCUGCAGUAGCGAAUGGCUAUCUCUGGCAUAACAGUGAAAAUAUCUACCUUUAUGGCGGCCUCUUCUCUGAUAAACCUGAUGCGGCACCAACUGCAUUCUCGCUCUGGCAAUAUAACAUCAAAUUAGCAGAAUGGUCGGAUAUCACCUCAAAGACUUCCAUUGAUAGUGGCUCUGGGAGUAAGAGUAUACAAAGAGCUGCAGAAGGAGCAGGCAUUAGCAUUCCUGAUAGAGGGCUUGGUUUUUAUUUUGGUGGUCAUUUGGACUCUUACACAACCGAAGGGUGGAGUAAACAAACACCACGCAUAUAUUUAAAGAGCUUGCUACAAUUUGAUAUGAACAAGAACCAGUUUCUUAACGUUACCGAAAAUGGGCUAGAGGAUGCUGGAGUUCCAGAAAGAGCAGAUGGCGUUUUACUAUUUGUUCCGUGGGGUCCUGAAGGUAUCCUCGUCGGCAUUGGUGGCGGCCUAAACGACACUUUUUCCCAGCUAAAUAUAAUCGAUAUUUAUGACGUCUCCAGCCGUAAAUGGACAAAGCAAGCUACUGAUGGCACGACUCCCAAAUACCGUGUUAAUCCUUGCGCAGUUGUCGGCUCGGCAUCUGAUGGCUCCUCCCAUAAUAUCUACUUCUUUGGUGGGCAAAAUCUGGUACCUUACGGUGAACAAGUCCAGUAUAACGACAUGUGGAUUCUCUCAAUCCCAUCAUUCUCCUGGAUCAAGGUUGAUACAGACGGCCAAACAGUCCCUUCUGCUCGAGCAGGCCAUACUUGCGAGCUCCAUGGCAGCGAUAUGGUCGUUAUCGGUGGUUAUGUGGGACAAGAACUGAGCUGUGAUAGUCCCGGAAUCUAUGUGUUUGAUGCUUAUACGACACAAUGGAAAACGGAAUAUAAAUCGUCCACCAGCAGUUCGAGCAACAGUGCAGAGAAAGAGGUCGCGGAGUUUUACCGCGUGCCAGAUGUGGUAAUUGGUGUUAUUGGGGGGGAUGCAACUGGUGGGGCGACAGUUACAAAACCCGGGAUGACUGCGGACCCCGACUCACCUGUUGCAACUGGGAAGCCGGGAGAUUAUAAGUAUACUACUAUCACUUCACACACAGCUGCUGCGCCGACUGUCGCAACUAUCACGAAUUCCGAUGGCUCUGUGUCUACGACCACCACGUAUGCCAAUAGUACAAUCUUGGGCGAUCCCAACGAUCCUGGGAAAUCACCUAAUGUUGGUCUUAUAAUUGGUGCUAGUUUGGCCGGAAUCGUUUUACUAGUACUGUUGCUGUUAGGGGCAGCUUAUAUGUGGUAUCGCAAAAAGAUCAAGGAGCUGAGGGAAGCGAGUGAGAAGCUAGCCUCAAGCACGGAAUAUAGCGGAAGAAUGAGUAGAGAAGGGCUAGGAGGAGGGUUAGAAAGAAGUGAGAGCGCAAAUGAGCUAUUGGGCGAGGAGCCAACGUUUUGGGGAGUGUUGCUGAGCCCCAGGAGAAGUUUAAGGGUUGUUAAUCAUUGA